AUGAAUAUAGUGUUUAGGGUUUUUCUUCUCCUUCUCACCAUCUUCUCUUCCAGCUAUCCCACUCUAUGUAUCUACGAAGACCAAGUCGGCCACAUGGACUGGCAUCAACAGUACAUAGGGAAAGUGAAGCACGCAGUGUUCCACACGCAGAAGGCGGCACGGAAGCGCGUUGUGGUCUCCACCGAGGAGAACGUUGUUGCUUCACUUGAUCUUCGUCGUGGCGAGAUUUUUUGGAGACAUGUUUUGGGGCCCAACGAUGUCAUUGAUGCAAUAGAUAUCGCGCUCGGGAAGUAUGUUAUUACCCUGUCAUCAGGAGGAACUAUCUUAAGAGCUUGGAACCUUCCUGAUGGCCAGAUGAUUUGGGAGUCAACACUUUCUGGCUCAACGCCCUCAAAGUUGUUAUUAUCAAUUCCAACAAAUUUAAAGAUUGGAAAGGACGAUGUGAUCUUUGUUUAUAGUAGUGGAUGUCUUAAUGCUGUCGCAAGCAUCGAUGGCGAGGUUAUCUGGAAGAACGAGUUAACAUCUGAAGGUGGCGAUGUUCAACAGUUAAUUUAUCCUGAGGGAACUGACAUAAUAUAUGCCAUAGGUUUAGUUGGUUUGGCUCAGUUUGAUGCUUAUCAAAUCAAUGUCAAGACCGGCGAGCUGCUGAAGCAUAGCAGCAUGGUAUUCCCUCCUGGUUUCUCUGGGGAUUUGUUAUUUAUAACAAGCAACAUAGCUGUGGGACUGGAUUCCACUGGAUCAAUUUUGGUUGCAGUACACUUCCAGGAUGGAGCAAUUAGCUUUCACCAGACACGCGUGUCAGAGCUUGGUUGGGAUUUUUCAGGGCCAGCAGUUAUGCUACCCACUAAACUUACAGGAAUGUUUGCUUUGGAGAUAAAUAAAUCUAUUGUCUUUAUUAAGGUGACAAAUGAAGGCAAGUUGGAGGUAUUGGACACACUUGGUCACUCAACUGCAGUUAGUGAGUCUCUGUAUCUUUCAGAAGGCCAACAAGCUUUUGGGCUAGUUCAGCAGGGAGAUGGCAAGAUAAUUCUAACAAUGAAGCUCGGUAAUGACUGGACAAACAAUUUACUUCAGGAAACCAUUCAGAUGGACUACCAAAGGGGAAUUGCGCAAAAGGUUUUCAUCAAUACUUAUGUCCGAACAGAUAGGUCUUACGGAUUCAGGGCCCUGAUUGUCAUGGAGGACCAUUCAUUAUUCUUGUUACAGCAAGGUGAGAUCGUCUGGAGUAGGGAAGACGGGCUAGCUUCUAUUACAGAUGUAAUGGUAUCAGAAUUACCAGUUGAAAAGGAUGGUGUAUCUGUCGCAAAAGUUGAGCACAACCUUUUUGAAUGGCUUAAGGGUCAUCUCCUGAAACUCAAAGGUACUCUUAUGAUAGCAACCCCUGAUGAUGUAGCAGCAAUCCAGAAAAUGAGGUUACAAAGCUCUGAGAAAAGCAAGAUGACCCGAGAUCACAAUGGGUUUCGAAAGCUACUUAUAGUACUUACUCGAGCAGGAAAACUUUUGGCACUGCACACAGGAGAUGGAAGGAUUGUGUGGUCUCUCUUAUUGGAUUCUCUUCGUAAAUCCGAAACAUGUCAAAAUCCUAGAGGGCUUAGUUUGCAUCAGUGGCAGGAUCCCCAUCAUCAUGUACUGGAUGAAAAUCCAUCAGUUCUUGUUGUUGGCAGAUGUGAUUACAGUACAGAUUCCCCUGGAGUUCUCUCCAUUGUUGACACAUACACAGGACAGGAGCGCAAUCAUAUGGGACCUACCCAUUCUAUUACACGUGUUAUUCCACUGCCUUUUACUGAUUCAGUGGAACAGCGUCUGCAUUUGCUGCUGGAUGUUAAUCGGCAAGCUCGCUUAUACCCCAGAAGUAAUGAGGCUCUUGAUAUUUUCCAGCGUGAAUUAGGAAAUAUAUAUUGGUAUUCGGCUGAUGUUGACGAAGGGAUUCUGAAGGGUCAUGCAGUGCAGAAUAAUUGUAUUCUCGAGAUUGCAGAUAGCUACUGUUUCAACACACGGGAUCUCUGGUCAAUUGUAUUACCAUCAGAAUCAGAAAAGAUAAUUGCAACUGCAACCAGAAACUCAAUUGAGGCUGUUCAUACCCAAGCAAAGGUGACGUCUGAUCAGGAAGUCAUGUAUAAAUAUAUAUCAAAAAACUUGCUCUUUUUGGCCACUGUUGCACCUAAAGCCGUUGGUCCCAUUGGUUCAGUCACCCCAGAGGAGUCAUGGCUAGUCGUUUAUGUAAUUGACACUGUGACUGGUCGUAUACUGCACCGCAUGACUCAUCACGGUUCACAAGGCCCUGUCCGAGCAGUCUUUAGCGAGAAUUGGGUUGUCUACCACUAUUUCAAUUUAAAGGCACAUCGAUACGAGAUGUCUGUCAUUGAGAUCUAUGAUCAAUCUCGUUUGGAGAACAAAGACAUUUUGAAGCUUCUUCUUGGGAAGCAUAAUCUGAGUUCACCUAUCACAGCCUACUCCCGCCCAGAAGUUAUCACCAAGUCGCAAUCUUAUUUUUUCACACAUUCCUUGAAAACACUAGCAGUAACAUCAACGGCUAAAGGAAUAACUUCCAAGCAACUCCUCCUUGGCACAAUUGGAGACCAGGUUUUAGCACUUGACAAGCGCUUUUUAGAUCCCCGGAGAACAAUCAACCCCACGCAAGCUGAGAAAGAGGAAGGAAUAAUCCCGCUUACUGAUUCAUUGCCAAUUAUUCCACAGUCAUAUGUAACCCAUGCUCUUAAAGUGGAAGGCCUUAGAGGCAUCACUACUGUACCUGCUAAGCUGGAGUCAACCACCCUUGUUUUUGCCUAUGGAGUGGAUCUGUUUUUCAUCCGGCUUGCACCUUCGAGGACUUAUGACUCUCUUACAGAGGAUUUCAGUUAUGCUUUGCUUCUCAUCACGAUUGUUGUCCUCGUCAUAGCAAUUUUUGUGACAUGGGUUUGGUCGGAAAAGAAGGAGCUGCAGGAGAAAUGGAGGUGA